GCACAGGACGCCAGCCGCGCGCCGGAAGGUUCGCCUCCCAGUCGCGUGCGCAGAGCGGAAGCGCCCGGGCCUGGCGGGCGGCGGGGCGCGGGAGGUCUCCAUGGCUACCGAGCCCGCGGCCGCGGGGCCCGCCGCUCCCUCGCUGGUGGAUCGGUACUUCACUCGCUGGUACAAAGCUGAUGUCAAAGGAAAACCUUGUGAGGACCACUGUGUACUACAACACUCUAACCGAAUAUGUGUCAUCACGUUGGCAGAAUCUCAUCCAGUUCUUAAAAGUGGAAAAACGAUUAAAAGUAUUUCCUAUCAGAUCAGCACCAACUGUAGCCGACUUCAGAACAAGGUUUCCGGGAAAUUCAAGCGCGGGGCACAGUUUCUAACAGAACUUGCACCUUUGUGUAAGAUUUACUGUUCAGAUGGAGAAGAAUAUACUAUAUCUAGCUGUGUUAGAGGACGGUUGAUGGAAGUAAAUGAAAACAUUCUUCAUAAGCCAUCUAUUCUUCAAGAAAAGCCAUCCACUGAGGGCUACAUUGCAGUUGUGUUACCCAAAUUUGAGGAAAGUAAAAGCAUAACGGAGGGUUUAUUGACACAAAAACAGUAUGAAGAAGUCCUGGAGAAGCGCACUGGUGGCACAACAGGUGCUUCAUGAGGACCGAGGUUCAUACCCUCCCUGACUUCAGCCGUGUUGAGAGCACUGAAGAACCAGCCUGUGAGGUGCCCUGCACAUCCAGCCAUCAGCAGAGGACUUGCUGUUCAUUCAACGUAUUUUCCCUCUUUGUCUUUAUUUUAUUUUUUGGCAGAACCAGGGAUUGAACUCAGACUCUUGCACUUCCCCCUUUGUUUUACAUCACAAGUCCACUGUCUUUAGCUCCCAGACCUGUUUAGCGCCCAGACCUGUCUGCCCAGGUGUUCCCUCUGUUCUUUUACUUCUAACAUUUGGCAAAUAAGGAAUUUUUUUCUGAUUAAAAACAAGCAUGUGGGGGCCGGCCAGAUAGCUUAGCACAUUAAAGCACCUGC